GCCAUGCAGCGGUGCAACGGUCAGAGCCUGAUCGAGUGGCGAGUUGCGUGCGGGGGCUGUGCAACCUUGCGGGUAGGAGACGAGCGGUCCGCAUUCUGAUUGUUAUUCAAACAAGCAGGCAUCAGUCGCGUUACGUGCUCGAUCGCUGAAAGCAUCCGCCGUCACUGCACUACACGCGAUCAUUACGACAAGCAGCACGAGGCAACGAUUGGCAAUCGAGUUACAACAUCUUCAGCCAUCACCACCACGAGCCUCGGGGCUGCACAGGAGCGCAGGCUUGCGACUCGAGAGUGCGAGUAAGCCGCUGCAUGAUCAGCUCCCGCACCACCAGACGACAAAGAGAAACAGGAUGCCCUCGAUCGAAGCAGCGAGAGCAAGUGCAAGUGCCCUCGUCGCUUCUGCGCCCACACCUUUCAGCACACAGAGAGGGCCGCGGCCUCCACCCAAACCUUCUCACUUGGCCACUUGGAAGAGCAGAAGAGGUCGCUCGCCCACUCCCUCCGAAGCUGCCGCUUCCGAUUUCGGUGCCGAAUUUUCGUCGGACGAUGAAGAUGCCUCGGAUGAUGACGAUACCGAUGGAGGAGCGACAUUGGCUCGCAGGAGCGUGCGGAUAGAUGAUACGCUCAGAGGGGCGCAGGUCGACACGAUCCAAGAAGCAACUGCUAAGGGCAAGAAGUCUGCCCCUCACUCUUCCGCCCAGACGACCGGCAGAACUCCGCUCAAGAACAUUUGGGCUACUGAGAAAGCCACGUAUAGCGCUUCAUCCAGCGCACCGAGCCUGCGCCCUCAUGCUGAUUCAUUGGAAGAGGCCGAGUCCCUAUCCAGCUCGCCCAUGGCUUCAAGACACUCGCGCUACGCCUCUGCUCUUUCAACUCUGCGCGGUCGGCCAAACGGGCAGCAGCAAGCGGAGGAGGCGAGAGAAACAGAAGGGCUGGGUGUGGAUGUGGCGAGCUGGUUGAGGGGCGCGGGAGCAGAGAGGCAUUCGGGUAGACCGCCAAGCCUCGUGGGUACGAUCAGGGAUCAACCUUGGACCCGCAGAGACGUAUCGGAGGCUUCUGCGGCUAGCACCACCCCCGUCGCUACGCUGAAAGCCAGAGACGUUACUGGAGUUAUAAGCGGUGAUGUGGCUGGGACCAACUCGCAAGUGGGCGAGAUGGCUGGUAUUAGCGCUGGCGAAGAAGCGUUGACAAAGACUGACGCCCCGAAAGCGACUGUAGAAGCGGUGCGCGCAACAUCGCUGGCCACAGGAAUUGAGCGCGGUGCACGCGACGAGGCGCAAGUGAGCACCAGCAAGGGCUCCGAGCAAGGCUCAGCAAUCGCGCUGGCGGACGAGCCAUCCCCAAAUGAAGCGCAACCUUUCAGACCCGAAAGCAUCGCCAUGGAGUCGGACGAGGCAGCUGUUUUACUGCCGCAAGGGCCGCGGUUAGGAGGUGGUGGCGGGCAAAGCCAAGAGGUGGUCGAAAGUGUACCCAAGCUCGUCACCUCCUUGCACCCUGGCACAGGCCACGCGCUGUCGGCUCCGUCUGCAUCCUUGUCCGCCCCACCUGCGGCAGCAGCAGUGUCUGAUGUCGAACAGCCCAAUAUUCUUUUGAGACCUCCUCCAACACAACCAAAAUUUUCUGGCCGGCCCGCUCGCGCUCUAUUCGAGUUUGCAGGCGAAGCCACGUUCAACGAAUUGACACUCAGAGCGGGUCAAACGUUUGAAGUGCUCGUUCCAGAGUUGCGAGGUGGAUGGAGCUUGGCGCUCUUGCGAGAUCCGGCCACAGGGGCCGAGAAGAGAGGACUGGUGCCUGUGGGAUGGUAUUGCUACAUUCAGGAGUUUGCUACUUCUCCACACUCUGGUCCUGCAGCUGCACAAGGCAUGGGCUCUCCUCCGAAAGCUUUGGCUCUCGACACCAUCCCCGAACCAAUCUCCGAAUGCGAAGGCAUAGAUGAAGCUCCUUCCUCUGGCUUCACAACCUUACCCGGUUCGACUCUCGGCGCAACGUCGUCAUUGAUGACGCGUUCCAACUCCAACGCAAGCACGAGCAGCGCGAGCAAGAGGCUGGCCAAUGCUCGUGCAGCAGCUGCCAGGACUGGAUCUGUCCGGGUUCAAUCUCCAAUAGAUGAAGAUGAGCUGAGAAGACCUGCAAGCGGCGUCGGAGUGUUUUCUUCGGGAAGUCUGGGCACUUCACCUGCGCUCAAGGCUUUGGAAGCUUUGCACGCUGCCAACUCUGAGUCUUCCGCCUCUCACACUCAGAUUGAGAAAGCUACCACUACUAUCAAGAAGCGGCCGCAGACGAAUGGUGUGCCCGCCGCGCCAGUAGAUGUUCCAGGCAGUGACCUGGAAUCGCCUCCAGUCAACUUGCCUACCCACGAUCAGCUUCUGUCUUCACAUGAUGACGGCGUGUCAACCUCAGCGGUCGAGCAAGGCGAUGCGACGCAGACCUCGAGCACCUUCACCUGGAAAGGGCCAGGAGGUUUGCUUGGAGGGCGUAAAUUCAAUCGAUUCUCGCCCUUCGUCACUUCGGGAGUGGAGGCAUUCUUGCUCUCUCGCAAGCCUCAAGAUGUGGCGUCGCAUGCGCCAUCAAGCUCACAUGAUGAUGGAGCAUUCGACUUUGAGGAAGACUCGACAGCUCUGGAGGGGCUUGCUCCGCGUCCACAGGAUGUUCAACACGUCACGAGUGGUGCUCAUGGACCCGUCUGGAAAUCACGAGCAAAAGCAUUUCAUGUGGUCGUGCACAGUCCGGAAGCGAGGUGGGAUAGUAGAGGGGCGGCUUACACUGCGUAUGCCGUCACUUCGCUCUUUGGAGACGCUGAUGCGGCCCAGUAUGCGCAGCAUACCGACGCAGAAGGCAAGAGCAUUUGGAGCCCUUACGACCCGGCGUUACCACCAGAGACGCCGCUGGAAAGUCUUAGCGUGUGGCGGAGGUUUAGUCAAUUCCACUGGCUCGCCCUUUACAUUUCGCGGCGGGCACCACUACUCGCUCAGUCCUUGCCGCCCGUGCCCCCCAAGAUGAGGGCUGGAAAAUCUCGCCUGGAAGCCGCUUUUGUGGAGGAUCGCAGGAGAGCUUUGGGCAACUGGCUGGGAAGGCUCAUCAGGCAUCCUGUUGCCCGCACAGAUCCCGGCGUGCUCUUUUUCCUGGGCUGCGCGGACGAGAACGAGUGGAACGCUCGUGCGCCUCGACUGUUGCGCGAAGCGCGCGUUUCGAUCGAAUCGACCACCUCUUCCUCUGGACCGACAGCCAACUUCUUUGCGCGAACGACGUACGACCCGUGGGGCUUUGAUGUGGGUGAAGCUGAAGAGGCUGGCGAAAGGCUGCAGGCUUUCAAUGCUGCUUAUGAGCGUGGGAUGGGCGAGGCUAGCGGACCAUUUGGCAUGGGCAUCAUGGGCGCUUUCAAUCAGAUGAGGGAAACGAGCAGACGCGAAGGUGAAAGCUUCAGACAUACCAGCAGAGCCCUCUUGAGGUUGACUACCGGAGCUGGCUUGGGUCCGAAGGGACACGCCGCGCAUUCAGAAUCGAACGAGAGCGAAAGCGCUUAUGGACCUGCUAUGGGCAGAUUGGGCACGAGGGGAGAGUCGGGAGCUACCAACGAGGACGGAGCUUGGUGUUGGAGGCCUGACUGCAAAGACUGCAUCGCUGCAACACGUUCCACACAGUCCUUGGCUCUUGCGCUUGAGGAUGUAGGCGACUUGCACGAUUAUCACGCCAGAGAGGCUCUGUUGCUCCAACACGAGCGGUUGCGAGCGCUCAGUCGUCCGGCAGCUCAGCACGCUGCAAUCCUCGAGGUCCAUCGACAGACUCUAGCCCUGUAUCGCGAGGCUGUGGGCGACGACGGAGACGAAGAAUCGACAGUGAGAGGUGCUGAGGCAGACGCAAUGGCAGCGCGGUGCGAGACGGUGCUCAACAUCACCAUGAGCGAGAUGGACCGCAUACAUGGCGAGCGGGUCGAAGAUUGGAUAUCGGUCGGGCGGAAUCUGCUGGAUGACCAAAUUGCUUUACACGAGAAUGUGCUGCAGCGAUUGCAACAGGCAAGAGCCGACUAUCAGAACGCCUCACUGACCAAUUUACAAAGCAGCGGUCCAAUCUUGCACUCUUCUCAAGCGCUAGCAGAGCUCGUUGAUCCGUUAUCCAACAACGGUGCUACCGAGCCUCUGGCGCAGCCUACGGCACCGGUACUGCAUCCAGGCGUACUGAGUACGACUUUCAGACCAGUCACUCUGGCUGGUGAAAUGAUUGGCAACCUCUUUGGGUCAUCGCAAGGCCCGACGGAAGAAGAGAUGGACCGCUCGACUUUAGCGACGGGAGGUAAUGGCUAUGCACAGAAUGUCGGAACUGUUCGGAGCGUGUCUAACGCUGCACAACAGAAAUAUUUGGGUGAGGGGACGCUGGGGAGCAAGAAGAACACUCCACAAAGCAAGGGUUGGAGCUUUUGGUGACCUGAUUGCAGCUGCGUGACAAACUCUCAUCACCUAUUACACGCCACCUUUUUGUCGCCUGGCCGGGAGCUGCUUGGAAGGCCAGCGGUGGCUCUUAUUGAUCUUGUCUCACUUGUGUCAGUGCUGAAGCCUCAUCAAAUGUGUAUCUAGCAGCGCACCAUGACCUGGAUCGAUCGUCCACGCAAUUUAUGGGUCUGGGUCACCUGACCAUCAAGAGCGU